GAAUGAUAAAGCAACAACAAUGUGAACCACUACCUCAAACAUCACAUUGGAAAAGAUUCAAAGGAAGACCGCAUGUGUAGAUCACGUGAGCCCGUUCAGGACCUCAAAUUGCGCGGCGCGACAUUGACGAACUCCAACUACACCCUGUGACCGGUUGGUGCGAGCAUUGGAAAACCAUUCAGACUGAGAGAGAGAAAACCAUAAUCAAUUCUCCCAAAGAAGAAACCAUCAAAUAAGGCUAUACCGUUUGUCCAAAUACUCGAUCAAUUACUUGAACGAUUGGACGGACACAACUAUCGCCGCGUCCGCCGUACACCAAGAAUGACACCCAUGCGCCGACAUCCUUAAGAUCUGGAUUUUUUUGGGACGAGCCAUUGAGAAGUAAAGAGCUUGGAAAAAUAGGAAACAAGGAGACGACAAAGACGCAACCAUGCCACCGAAGAAGAUACCCUUAACAUCACCACCUCCGGUAACGAUAGCUACGCUCCGCACCGUGUUAACGCACAUCGGCGCCGCGACAAGCGGGACGAAACCUGUGCUUCUAUCUCGGCUGUCCAAGGCGCUUCGUGGUGCGCCGCCUUCAUUCAAUGCCUCCACCUGUUCUUCGUCUUCAUCUUCUCCCUCUUCCAAAGGUACAGAUUGUAAGAGUAAUGCUAGAAGAGAUGGCAGUGUUAAAGGCAAGAGCGAGAAAUCAGUACGAGUGCUUAGCAUCGACAUGGGAAUCAGGAACCUCGCGUUUUGCGUUGCAGAUGUAGAGUUUCCAGGGCGUGGGACAAUAGCUUCUUCGCCGUCUACCAGCGGAAGCAGCGACAAAGGAGAGGAAAGAGGACUCGACAGCGUGGAGAUGCACAUCCAAGCUUGGAGGAAAUUAGACGUAGCCCGCGAAAUUGGCAAGACCACGAAUGCAGGGGACCUUAUGGCGAUCAAUGGCGCAUCAGAUGAUAUAGGCAUGGAAGAAGAGGAGGAGGAGCGAGAUGUAGCAGCAGCAUAUACCCCAUCAACCAUGGCACGCACGGCGUAUACCCUCCUCAGCCGAACUCUCCUCCCCUACAACCCAGACGUCAUCCUCAUAGAAAGACAGCGAUGGCGCUCCGGUGGUGGAGCAGCGAUUCAACAGUGGACUGUGAGAGUCAACACGCUCGAAGGCAUGCUAUGGGCGAUCCUCACAGCUCUGCGCGAGGAAUCUCAGGUAUCGAGAACAUCGAGAACAUCGACGACACAUAAGGCCGACAAGAGUAUUACUCCAUCGCAUGGCGACUCAGACUCAGAACGGCCGCCACAGCAAGAACGGAACUACGAGAUCCACGCCAUCGACCCAAAACGCGUCGCCCACUUCUGGCUUGACUCCCCUCCUUCUUCUCCCUCUUCAUCCCCCACAUCCUCAGAAACCACAAACUCCCCAAGCACAAGAGCAAGCGGGACAACAUCCCGCAAAAAGGCCGAAAAGAAAGCAAAGAUAGCUCGUCUCCAGCAGUUCUUCUUCCACUCCACCAACACGGACCAGUCUCAACCCGAAUCCCCAAUAUCGACAACGACGACACAACCGCUGGACCUCGGGCUCCCGUCUACGAACCUGGCAUUCGCCUUCUCGCCUCCGGCCCACGAGACGAAAGAAGCGCUUCGACCAAACGUUACACCUACUUCAAGGGGAAAGGGGAAGAAGAAGAAGAAGAAGAAGGGAGAAAAGGGUGCGGAUGAGAAGGCGGACGGAGAGGAGGCAACGUCGAAGGCGAAGCUGAAUAAGCUGGACGAUGUCACGGAUUGUUUUCUCCAGGCAGCGGCGUGGGUUUGUUGGGAGGGAAACAGGGCGGGUGUGAGGAGGGGGGUCGAGGGGGGAGGGGUUGAGUGGUUGGGACGUGUUUUGGAUGGAGGUGGUAGUAGUGAUGGGAAGGUAGAGGUGGUUGCUGCGAAGGUGAAGAAAGGGCGAGGGAGAAAGAAAGUAAAGGAAGAGACAGAUGAGUGAUGGGGCGGAGGUCAAGCAGACGGACGGUGAUGAUACCCAUAGUCAGAC